UCCUCCAACAUGGCCUCCGUCCCGCUGCAGCUGGCGGCUCUGCUGCCGCUUCUCUGCGGGCUCUCGGGCCUCCCUCUCGGGCCGGACCGCGGGCCGGGCGCCGCCUGCGGGUACCGGUCCUGUCACGCCACCAAGCCCGACAUGCUGAACGUGCACCUGGUCCCUCACACGCACGACGACGUGGGCUGGCUGAAGACUGUGGACCAGUACUACUAUGGAGACCGUAACGCCGUGCAGCACGCGGGGGUCCAGUACGUUCUGGACUCCGUGGUGGAGCAGCUGCUGCAGGACGGCGCCCGCCGCUUCAUCUACGUGGAGACGGCCUUCUUCUCGCGCUGGUGGAAGCAGCAGAGCGGCGCCACGCGGGCGGCGGUGCGCCGGCUGGUGGACGAAGGCCGCCUGGAGUUCGUGAACGGGGGCUGGUGCAUGAGCGACGAGGCCACGACCCACUACGGCGCCGCCAUCGACCAGAUGACCCUCGGCCUCCGCUUCCUCAACGACACCUUCGGCCCGUGUGGCCGACCGCGAGUCGCCUGGCACAUCGACCCCUUUGGCCACGCCCGAGAACACGCCUCCAUGUUCGCUCAGAUGGGGUACGACGGCUUCUUCUUCGGCCGUCUGGACUACCAGGAUCGAGCUCGCCGCAGGACGGCGUUGGAGCAGGAGCUCCUCUGGAGGGCGUCGGACAGCCUCACCCCCCCCAUGGCCGACCUCUUCACCGGCAUCCUCCCCAACGGGUACAACCCCCCCAAGGGCUUCUGCUGGGACCAGUCCUGUGACGAUCCACCAAUCAGAGACGACCCCGACCUGGAGGACUACAACGUGGACGACGUGGUGACGCGCUUCCUCGCCAUCGCCCACGCCCAGGCGAAGGUGUACAAGACCAACCACGUCAUCAUGACCAUGGGCUCCGACUUCCAGUACGAGAACGCCAACCUGUGGUACAAGAACCUGGACAAGCUGAUCCGCUACGUCAACGGGCGCCAGGCGGGCGGCGAGCGCGUCCACCUGCUGUACUCCACGCCGUCCUGCUACCUGCAGGAGCUGCACGCCGCCAACCUCACCUGGCCUCUGAAGACGGACGACUUCUUCCCGUACGCCGACGCCGCCCACGACCUGUGGACCGGGUUCUUCACCAGCCGGCCGGCGCUGAAGCGCUACGAGAGGAUCAGCAACGGCAACCUGCAGACGUGUAACCAGCUGGAGGUUCUCGGUGGUCCGGUCUCCAGGAACGGACCCUUUGGGAAGGGGGACAGCGAGACCCUGAAGCGGGCGAUGGCCGUGGCUCAGCACCACGACGCCGUGUCGGGCACCGAGAGGCAGCACGUCGCCAACGACUACGCCCGGAGGCUGGCGGGCGGCUGGCGGCGCUGCCAGGUGCUGCUCAGCAACAGCCUGGCGGCUCUGAGCGGCUCCACCGCCGAGCGGGUCUACUGCGACCUGCUGAACGUCAGCGUGUGCGCGCUCACGGAGGCCAGCCAGAAGUUCUCAGUCAAUGUGUACAACCCUCUCGUUCGCCCCGUCUCUUGGCCGGUCCGACUGCCGGUGAACGGAACGUCGUACGAAGUGUCGGAUGCUGAAGGUCGACCUGUGGACUGCCAGGUGGUCCCGGUGUCCGCGGCUACGCGUGCCGUGCGGCGGCAGCGCGGCUUCUCCGUGGGCGAGCUGGUGUUCGUGGCUCGCGCUCCUCCGCUGGGCUUCACCUCCUACUCCGUGUCCCGGAUCGGGACCGGGCCGCCGGCCGCCGCCAUGCAGCGCCACACGCCCACCGCCAUCCAGAACAAGUUCCUGCGCGUGACCUUUGACCCCGACACCGGCCUCCUGAGCGGCCUCAGUAACCUGGAGACCCGGCAGACCAUCAAGCUGACGCAGAACUUCUACUGGUACAACGCCAGCGACGGCAACAACGCCCUGAGCGACCAGCCGUCGGGCGCCUACAUCUUCAGGCCCAACGGCUCCACGCCGUUCGUCAUCAGCCGCACGGCCCGGACGGAGAGCCUGCAGACCCCCGUGCUGCAGGAGGUGAGGCAGUGGUUCUCCCCCUGGGUCUCCCAGGUGGUCCGUCUCCAUGGCGACAGCAGAGCUCUGGAGCUGGAGUGGACCGUCGGGCCGCUGCCCAUCGGAGACGACCUUGGGAAGGAGGUCAUCACCCGUCUGGACUCCAGCAUCCAGACCGAUGAAUACUUCUACACCGACUCCAACGGACGAGAAAUCCUCCAGAGGAAGAAAGAUUUCCGUCCCUCGUGGAUUCUCAAGCAGUCGGAGCCGGUCGCCGGAAACUAUUACCCCAUCAACUCCAGAGCCUUCAUCAAGGACGACGUGGACCAGCUGACGGUGGUGACGGACCGCUCUCAGGGAGGAGGCAGCCUGAAGAACGGCUCCCUGGAGAUCAUGCUCCACCGCCGGCUGCUCUACGACGACGUCCGCGGCGUGGCCGAGCCGCUCAACGAGACCUCGGCCCUCUUCCCGGAGGGUCUGGUGGUCCGAGGCCGGCUGCUGCUCUCUCUGGAGCGCCCGGCCGGCGCGGCCGACGCACACCGCCCCCUGGGGCAGCAGGAGGUACUGCAGCCGACGCUGACCUUCACCGACGGAGAACCGCGGCCCGACACUGUGCUGGAGUUCUCCGGGCUGCAGGCUGCGCUGCCCCCUGCUGUCCACCUGCUCACACUGACGCAGUGGGACGAGGACUCGGUGCUGCUGAGGCUGGAGCAUCAGUUCCAGAGCCGGGAGAGCAGAGAGAACUCCGGACCCGUCACCGUCCACCUGCAGAAGCUGUUUUCCACUCUGGAGGUUCUGGGCGUGUCCGAAAUGAACCUGUCGGCCAAUCAGUGGAAAGACGACAUGAAGCGUUUUCAUUGGACGCCACAGACGGAUGAGAAGCCCCUGCUGAAGCCGCUGGGAGACCCCUCGGCGUGGGAGGUGACCUUGAGGCCGAUGGAGAUCCGAACCUUCCUGCUGAGGGUCGUCCUCAGAUCCUAAUCUCCCGGCCGCUCACGAUCCGAUUGGACGUUGGGACGCUUUUAGAAUCUAAGAAAUGAAGAAUUGCCCGUUUCCUCCUCUUGAUACGAAGCGUUGGUUCUGAAGCUGCUUUCAGAACUGACCUUCAAGCACUUUAAUCACACAAAUCCUUAAAGACCGUUUACUGCCAACCGACUGAAUGUACAUAUUGUUUGAAUGCUGAUCGUCAAGCAAUUGAUAAUUAAAGUAUUUCAUUCUUA